CAAAAAAUUGAACACACCAGCAGUGUGAGGAGACCUGAAAGUGGCACAUGGCAUGGCAGAGUGUGGCGAUGGAGACAGCAGCAAUGGGAGGCCGUACAGGGACCCAUGAGAGACUCUGGACUUCGCAGCAGCAUGAGGAGGCGGUAUAGGGGCCCAUGGCAGAUUAGGGGCCUGGCAGCAGCUAUGGGAGGCCCGUAAUCUGCCAGCACCCUAUGACAAAAAAUGGAACACACCAGCAGUGUGAGGAGACCUGAAAGUGGCACAUGGCAUGAGACACUGUGGACCUGGCAGCAGCAUGAGGAGGCGGUACAGGGGCCCAUGGCAGAUUAGGGGCCUGGCAGCAGCUAUG